AUGUCUACCCUCGACGCUCUCGUGCAGAUCAUCGCCAAUGGCGUCAAGGAUAUCCAGUCCAAAUCCGCUGAGCGUGGCACGCCCUGGCCUACGCCAGACACGUCUCUCAGUCCCGAGAGCGAGAAGCUGCAAAGUGGCCUCGCAGCAUCGACUGCCCCUGUGAUCGCUGCUGCAUGGCAGCUCAUUGCGACGCUCAAGCAUCCACAAACGUAUUUACUGGACCUUGUACUUUCAAGCUUCCUUUCUGGCUCCAUGUCCGUAGCAGAGGCAGCAUAUGUACCCAAUGUCCUGCGCAAAGCAGGCACAAAGGUUGGCCUGCAUGUCAACGACAUCGCAGCAGUCAGAAAUAUUGACGCCGGAAAGCUAGGCCGAAUUUUGAGACAUCUUGCAUCUCGACACAUCUUCGAGGAGGUCGCACCGGACAUCUUUAGGAAUAACCGUAUCUCUUCUGCUCUGUGCACAGGCAAGCCUAUCCAAGAGAUGCUGGGAAGCCCUAUCAACAGGUGGGACGGCACAAAUGGUGUCGCCGCCCUUGUCUCAUUGAACGGAGGGACAAUCCAGCGUGGCAAUGCUUUGUUGACGGAGCAUCUCCUGGACCCUGCGAUCGGGCAUUCGCAGAAGCUGAAUGAGGCUGCGUGGCAGCGCGCCAUGCGUACAGACUUGGUCCUUUUUGAAUGGCUGGAGCUUCCAGAGCAUGCAAUGGAUCUGCACCUGUGCAGCAUCGGCAUGCGUCAUGGUUUCUUUGCGGAACAGCCCAUCACGGACGCCGAUGUAUUUGUUCUCUGGUACGUCCUCCACGACUGGUCGGACAAGUACGCGAGCAAGAUCCUGUUGCGCCUGCGCGAUGCGGCACAGCCGGCUACCAAGCUAGUCGUGAUGGAUAUCAUAGUAGACUACAUGUGUCAUGACUCUGGCGCUGUCGCUGACAUUUCUGGCGCUACAAAACCUCAGGCCCCGGAGCCACUGUUGCCAUACGCCGACUCGGCGGCGAGCUUCACGUACAGUUUAGAUAUCUCUAUGAUGUGCUGUGCAAACUGCCAAGAGCGCACACUCGGACAAUUCAUCGAGCUCCUGAAGAGCACAGGAUGGAAGGUUGAGCGGGUGUGCUGCUUUGAGCCUCCUCUUCCGCAGCAACUCAUCUGCUCGCCUCUCUAA